UAUUGAUUUAAUGAUGGAAGGAGAGAACUCAGCUGCUGUUCCAGCCCCUCUUCAUGAUUGGCAAGGAGAUGGCAGAUGGAAGGACAUGCAUGCACGUUUUGUGAAUGAGGCAAAGCUAAAGGAGCCAGAUGUCCUUUUCAUUGGAGACUCCCUGAUAGCACAUUUGGCCAACACAGAAGUUUGGGAACAAUGGUUUGAACCACUCCAUGCAUUGAAUUUUGGAAUUGGUGGUGAUGAGACUCAGCAUAUACUUUGGAGGAUUCAAAAUGGAGAAUUAGACAUAAUUCAACCAAAGGUCGUGAUCCUUCUUGUGGGGACAAACAAUCAUAAGCAUACACCUGAACAAGUUGUAGAAGGGAUCAAGACAAUUCUCAAAUGCAUUCGCCAGAAACAGCCAGAAGCAACAAUUCUUCUUUUAACUGUGCCUCCAAGAGGUCGAGGACCUAAUCCCUUGCGAGAGAAGAUCAAGUCCAUAAACACCGGUUUGGCUUGUGUUGUGAGCACAAUUGAUAGGGUGCAGCUGGUAGACAUAGGCAAUGGAUUUGUGAAUCCAGAUGGACUCAUCUCCCACAAUGACAUGUGGGAUUAUCUCCAUCUUACAAAACGAGGAUACAGGCGUGCUUUCAAGCCUGUUUAUGAUGUUCUUCUUGAACUGCUCGAUGAAACAGGUUUCAAAGAUGAUGAAGGAGUAGAG